UAUAUAUUGGAGUCAAUGAGUGUCACUAUUAGUAGUAGUAAUGAUAUGAAUGCCAUAAUAAAAGUGUUGUCAUUAUUGCCGGCAAUUGAAAGGCAAUACUUCCACGUCUUAUACGAUAAACACUUAGUUUGAAGUGAUUGUCGCACAAAAACAAGACAUUAAUGGCAAACAUGUUGUUGUUGUCAUUGUUAUCCUCAUUGGCUUUAUUACUGGCAUUCAAUGCAAUUGUCAUCUCAGGUCAGACAAGUGGUGGACAACAAGGAGUGGUCAACGCAAAGGUAGACCGAGUUAUCGAUAUAUCGUCACAAUUGGUUAAAAUACAGACACGUGUUGUGGUCGACAAUAGCAAGAAUCAGAAGAAAUUAGAUCACUAUUUGGUUGUUUUGGAUGAUAAUGAAAGACAACAAUUAUCGUAUAUCUCGGCCACUAUCGACAAGAAUCCGCUUAAAGUAACCAAAAUUGAUGACAAGACUUAUCGAUUAGAGUUGGCCUCUACUGAGGCCAUUGCUGCCGGACAGUCGGCCAGUGCUACCAUUGAGAUUGAAUCUGUAUUAACACACGCAUUGUUGCCAUUCCCGACACAAAUAGUACAAUCGGAUCGACAACUCGUCCAAUAUUUCGGUAACGUUUACUUCUUGAGUCCGUAUGAGACGCGAACCCAAACAACUAAAGUAAAGUUGACGCCAACCGGUAGUAUCGAGUCGUACACCAAAUUGAAACCUACGGCACAAACUGACCGAACCAUAACAUAUGGUCCGUACGAAAACAUUGCGGCCAACAGUCAGUCUGAACUAAAGAUACACUACGAGAACAACUCACCCUUUUUGACAGUCACUCGACUCGAGCGUAACAUUGAGGUUAGCCAUUGGUCGGCCAUUGUAUCAGUAGAAGAAACUAUUGAUGUUUUACAUACCGGAGCUGAACUUAAAGGUCCGUUUUCUCGGUAUGAGUUCCAACGGGAACCGACUAAUGGUAUAUCAUCGGUAAAGUCAUGGAAAACCAAACUACCAUUGAAUGCAUACGACAUCUACUAUAGAGAUGAAAUCGGAAACAUUUCGACCAGUAAUUUAAAGGCCACUUCAAAGCAUUUGGUCGCUGAUCUGAGGCCACGAUUUCCGUUAUUUGGUGGUUGGAAAACACAUUAUGUUUUGGGUUAUUAUAUUACCUCCCAAAACGUUUUGCUCAACGAUGGCAACGAUUUUGUUCUUAAGGUACCAUUUAUUGAUCACAUCUUUGACAACAGCAUUAUCGAUGAUGUCGUCGUCAAAGUGAUACUCCCGGAGGGCGCGUAUGACAUCAACUAUAGAUCAGCCUAUUCUGUGGAUCGCCAGAAGGAUCAGAAACACUAUACAUAUUUGGAUACAAUUGGUCGCACAGUAUUGGUCUUUCAAAAGAGCAAUUUAGUCGAAGAUCACAUCCAGGAUCUUGAAGUGCACUAUAAGUUUCAGAAGAUAUUUAUGCUUCAGGAACCACUUCUUAUAGUUGUCGCCAUAUUUUCGCUCUGCAUUCUUGUCAUUAUUUUUGUUAGACUCGACUUCAGUAUAUCGAAGAAUCCGCAGAAAACAAGCAAAGCUGAAACAAAAGUAAAAACCAAAUAAUGAUUUAUCGAUCACUCAUAAAGCCUUCACUUUAGUUAUUAUUAUUAUUAUU